AUGUCGGUAGAAUCUGGUUUCACGUACAAGAUAAGGAAUGUUAAAUCUGGGACGGUCUUGGAUCUCUCCGGUGUGGAUAACAGAGCGAUCAUUGGAUACCCUGACCACAACGGCGCCAACCAACAGUGGACCCUUACAUGGACUGGUCGCUCAUGGACUUUCCGUUCAGUGUCUUCGAACCAGUACCUUGGGCUUGACGGUUUUUCUGGGAAUGGCACCAAGCUCUUAGCCGUCGCCGAACCUUUUGAGUGGCACAUCUGGCACGACGAGAUCGAUGAGACUACAUUCCGAGUUUUCGCCCCAAACACUACGUACAACUUUGACUUGUGGAACUAUGGAGACCCUGUUCCAGGGGACCCGAUUACGCUCUGGACCAAGUGGAAUGGUCUGCACCAGACGUGGCAAUUUGAGCGUGGUGAGUGGGUGACUUACAGCCAUUAA